UACGAGUAUUAAAACUAAUUAGUAAUAAAUCCUCUGAUUUGGCGGAGCGGACAAAGCUGUCCGAGUGCAUUUCUCAAGCAGUUAACAGCUAAACAUAAGAUGAGAGACGAUGGGUUGUCCCUCCCUAGGCAGAACAUCAAAUUUUUGAGGUUUUUUUUUAGAGUUGAGGGGGGAAUGUCUGAGUAGAGGAGAAGAUACGCAAGGCAUGCAAAAAGGGAAUUGAGAAGACAGGAGAGGUGGAGUAGUGGUGCAACCCACGUCUGUCCCCUCUCUCGCUGCAGCUUAACUGUAUCUCCGAUCCAUUCGAUCGACGACCAACCACCUCUCCAUAAUAUAUCCACUCGUCUUAAUUAGUCUCCACCAAUUCUCUCUUUCUCUCUCAAUUAGUCUACGACAUUUCGUUCUGUCCUCGAUCGAAUUAGGAGGUUCGUUGAAGAAGAGAGGAGAGAGAUCGAGGUAGGAUAUUUGAUAUUUCUUUCAGAUCAGUAGGUGGCUUGUCGCUUGAGCUUGACAAUGGACGUGGCCGGCGGCGGCGAGGAAGUCGAGGAGGUGGAGGCGGUUGACGGCGGCGAGCAGCAGCCGCCGAUGGAGAUCGGUUGGCCCACCGACGUCCGCCACGUCGCCCACGUCACCUUCGACCGGUUCCAUGGCUUCCAGGGCCUCCCCGUCGAGCUCCAGCCCGAGGUCGCCGGCAACGCCCCCAGCGCAAGCAAGACGGUGUUCGGCGUGUCGACGGAGUCGAUGCAGUGCUCGUACGACGCGCGGGGGAACAGCGUCCCGAGCAUCCUCCUCCUGAUGCAGCGGCGGCUCUACGAGCAGGGCGGGCUGAAGGCGGAGGGCAUCUUCCGCAUCGCCGCCGACGACGCCCAGGAGCAGGCGGUCCGGGAGCAGCUCAACUCCGGCGUGCUCCCGGAGGGCGGCGUGGACGUGCACUGCCUGGCGGGGCUCAUCAAGGCCUGGUUCCGCGAGCUCCCCGGCGGGAUGCUGGACUCGCUGCCGGCGGCGGAGGUGACGCGGUGCCAGUCCGCCGACGACUGCGCGAGGCUGUGCGCGCGGCUGCCGGCGGCGAAGGCGGCGCUGCUGGACUGGGCGGUGCAGCUGAUGGCGGACGUGGCGAGGGAGGAGCGGAGCAACAAGAUGGGCAGCCGCAACGUCGCCAUGGUCUUCGCCCCCAACAUGACGCACGCCAUGGAUCCAUUCACCGCGCUCAAGCACGCCGUCCACGUCAUGAACUUCCUCACCAUGCUCAUCGACCGAGCUCUCAACGACGUCCAAACCUGCAACAACUGAUCCAUCAAUAUAAUUAAGCCCACCAUGCAUCUCGAUUAUAUAUGAUCACUUUAAUUAUAGCACGUAAUUACAUUGUCAUUCAUUCGUAGCAGGGUUAAUUAAUUAAGCUUAAUCAAAAUUGUUUGUUUUAGUUUCAUUUUACUUUCGUCCAUUACUCAGUUUAAUUACUACUACAUGUGUCGAGAGCUGACUUCUUGGGUCUGACUGUACGUAGCAUCGAGCAAAUCAGCUCUGUCAUGAACUACAUGCAUGUUAAUCAUUUUAUUCCAUUCUAAGAGCGUACCUGUAUGGUUGGUUGGUCUGUUAAUUUGACGUUUGAGAUAUUUGUGACUUGUGAGUGCAUCAAUUCUCAGCAUUACUGUUCUUUUACUUGUACAGUAAUAUAAUCGAUUUUUUCUA